CCAACCAACCCGUGGGAAAAAAACCCUAUUAUUUAAUAAAUUGUCGUUUGUAUUUGUUUUAGUUAAGGCGUUACGUCAUGACGUUGUGUUUUGGGUUUUUUUGUAGGAGGGAAAUGGCCGCCUCGGUGGAACUGUCCUCUGCUGUGUUUUGAAUCGGUUUUGGCAAAAUAUAUUUUUUUUUUCUAUGAUUUUUUUAUUUUUUUUUUAGGUUAGAAAUACAUACCGGUUUUGUAGUAAAGCUGAAUACCGUAACGUAACAAAUUAAGGCGAAGCAAGGGCAGAGGAGCGACGGCAGAAUGGCUUCUUCCUUCGUGAUAGGAGAAAAAUUUCGUGAGAAAAUGAAAGAUUUCACGAAGAAAGAAGAGUGGUCUUCGUUUCCGGAAGACCUGCGAGCAGAGCUGGAACUCUGCCUGACCCAGAGGGAGCGAGCGACACUCCCUUUCAGACUAGCAAGAAAACUGCAAACAUGUCUUCAGGAGAGAGGCUUUCCCAUCUAUCUCCAUGAAUUACUUGAAGACAGUGAUGUUUAUCUUCCAGAAGUGCAGAAACCUCCGAGGAAUCCAGAACUAGUAGCGCGGCUGGAGAGGAUCAAAGCCAGACUGGCCAAUGAAGAAUACAUGCAGAUCACCAGAAACGUCAACUGCCAGCAAUUAAACCGGCAUGGGACCUUAGCUGACAUAGGAAAGCAAAUGAGGUCGGUAAAGGCUGUGGUUGUCACUAUCUUUAACUUCCUGGUGACAGUGGUGGCAGCGUUUGCCUGUACCUACCUGGGCAGUCAGUACAUCUUCACAGAAACAGCAGCGAGGGUACUCUGUGCUGUCAUCGUGGCGUCGGUGGUGGGACUGGCUGAACUCUACGUGCUUGUCCGGACAAUGGAGGGAGAGCUGGGGGAGCUGUAGCCUCUGCAGCCCAGAUGACGUCACUCCUGCGCUCAUGCAUUACUGUCUCAAGCGUAGAGGAACCACAGUUGUAAACUCAACUUUCUUGUGCUUUAGCAUCAGAGCUAUUUUCGCUGACCGAUAAUCAAAGUUAGGAAAUUAAGAUGUUUGUUUCUAUAUCGGAAGUUUGCAUUCUCCUCUCUGGUGGUCUGUAGAUGGCUGAGAUCCUCUCUGUGCUGGAAAGUGCAGGGAUGGAAAUAAGACUCCUGUUGCAUAGCCGUUUCACCCAUUCCAGGUUUUGAUUGAUUCCAGUGUAUAGGUAAAAAGCUCGGGUGUGUCUUAUUAAACUCAUAGUAAAACCAGGAUCUCUCAGAGGAAAUAUUUCACUCAGUUUCACCAAAGUUCUACUUUAUUUGCAAGACAGAGAACACUGAAUAGGACUUCAUAUUCUAAACGAGUUAAAACCAAUUUAAAAAAUACUUCCUAAAUGUUUUUUCAGUCAUUUUGUUUUUAGUUGUGAUCAGUGUAUUGCUAUUUAAUAAAAUGCAUUUCAUACAUUGUUUUGUGUUUUUUUUUAUUUAAAAUAAGGAUUUAAAGAUACUGUUCUUUAAAAGCAAACAGGUUAGUAACAUGCAUACCCCACUGCAUUAUCAAAACAAGCCCAGGUUCCGAUCCUCUCUGGUAAAGAAUGUCAAGUUUCUUCACAAUCGUGAGGAAGCAUCGCAGAGGAUGAAAAGCAGCCAGGACCCUCGCACAAUGUUGCUGUCAUGCCAGCAAAAUCAAUGUGAGGAAUGCCUGCGUUUCUGUUGCUCUGCGGUUCAGUGUAUCGCAGUGCUGUUCACCCAUUCACUACACAAUAGGGCAGCUGUGUUUUCUCUCAGUUAAGAUUAGUUUACUUAUGAUUGUGUCUUGUUUCAGUCUAGCGCUAGGAUUAGUUUGGAAGGCAGAUGUGACUAAUUGGCUUAAAUGACUGGUGUUCAGAAGUGUUUUAAGGGGUUGUCUGCUUUGCAACCAAUUUGUUGAUGCCGCUAAGAACAGCGUAUCAUUUUAAAAAUCAAAUGGAGAGCUUCACUGUUACAAUGCUUCUGAAUAGCUGCCUUAGGAUGCAUAUAAUACAGCAGAAGGAAUUGAGCUGGAGAGAAUGUUUACACCGCGCUGCACUGUGGGCUGCUGAUAGGGACUUUGUGUGUAAUGUUUCAUGUAAAGUGCUGAUGGGUGUGGUUAAUUAAAAUGUAUUUCAUUUCAUGGAAUCGUUAAGAAACGUUUUUUUUUUUUUUUUACGAUCAGUUUGGUUUAGUGGCAUGCAGAGAAAUUUAAACUGCAGAAAUGUUUCAUCAAAAGGAUCCGUUAAGUUUUUAUUCAUGUGGAAGUCGGUAUGAAAUGCAUGUUUUCUUUUUUUUUUUUUUAUUAUUUGAAAUGGUUUAAAUGAGAAUUGUGAUUGGUGUUUAGUCAGCAAUGACACUAUAAUAAAGAUGCUCGGCUGUCAUGCUCCUGGAAAGAGAUCUCCGAAAUGCAGUUUAAAUACGUGUGUGUUUUUAAAUUGCUAUUUUUAAAAGGGGACUGAAACUAGAACAAGGGUUUGUUUAACAUUUCUGUAGCAGAAACCCAGUGAACACUUCAGAACGCAGGUACAUUAACAAAGUGUAGUGAACAUGCACACACACAUUUUACAGUUAAAGUUGUUUUCCAGAGCAUGUGAUUUUUGUUGCAAAUGCAUGUAAUAAAUGAAGUGAUGUAAUAGUGUUUCUGAUGUAUUUUAAAAGGAAUGCUUAAUAUGUAUUCUUCAUUCAGCGAUUUUGU